AGAGUCAAGGUUCCUUGCAAAUGUAUUGAAUCAAAUUUCAAAACUGAACUGUUCUUAGGUCGUGAGUUUUUUUUUCUUUUUUAGUUCAUCAUGAUACCACGCUUUGAGAGCACAGAUGUAGGGCACUUUCAGUAUAUGGAGUGAGUGGGCCUUAUCUGCAGGAGGUGGGGUCUACAAGUGUGUGUGCGUAUGUGUACAGAACAAAAAAAGCGCACUAUGCAGUGAGAGUGCAGUUAUGCAGUGAUCCAUUGUUGGAAGCAGCAGAGUGGGCUACCGAUGAGGUGGAACAAAUCAUCAAUCCAUGAUGUGAUAAGUGGGAUUUCAUAGACCCUGACCAUGGUUUUUCAGUGGAAUCUUUUCCUUCUGUCAUGGCUUCUUUCAUUUCGUGCCGCGCUGCUAACCGGAGAACAUCCCAAGGGAUCCUCACGGAGACCUUUUGAUUCUGGUUUGGGGGAAAACAUGCUUGAACGUUCUUCAAGUCCAUCUGUAAAUUGGGAUUUCGGUCGACAGGGAUUUCUCGGUGAGUACGGUGAUGUCGAGGAGGUUUUGCAGACAAUGCCGUCACAUCGAAGGGACGAGGGACUGGAGACCCAGAGUGCUGCAGAAGUUACUUUAUCAGUAGCUUCUACAACAGAUGGAGUUAUGCUGGACUUUUUCCCAAGUGGGCAGUAUGGUCCAGACCUUAAGUCCAACAAGGAGAACAGUACUUCACUUGUAGCCACUGGCAGACCAGGAAAGGCCGUUACGACAAAAGUUGGAUUUGAAGAUCUGGCCCCGAUCAGAGGAGCUAACACAGAGACUGAAAGAGAUGAUGACCGGCAACUGCCCAAGACCACUGGUCCUCUCCAGACAUCAGUCACACCCUGUGAGACAACAAUCCCAACCUGGACUUCCAUGAACCAGGAUGAAUUUCCACCCAGUGACUCCCUGGGUCCCUCUCUGGAUCAUAGGUCUGUCCUUUUUGUUCCUCUGUACUCGGACUGGAACACUGCCCUCGCCACAUGGGGAUUUGCCUGGGAAGCCCACAUCUACGGUCUUGGUUCCGUCUUUACAGUGUUCAGCCUGAUCUCAGUGGUCUGCUUGUUGGGCCUCCCCUUCCGCUGUCCGUCUGGAAGCCCCUACUUCGCCCUGCUGCACUUAUUUCUCGUCGGUUUCACCGGAAUUCAGGCUUUCUGCUUGCUCUAUGACGCUUACAAACACCAAGACCGCCUUCCUCCUCUGAGUUCUCUGCUUCUCUCCCAGCUUCCCUUCCCUUGUCUGAUAUCCGCCUUCUCCCUGGCCUUCUUCCUUCUUUCCCUGCGCUCUCGCAAGCGUCUGUCGCUUUCGCUCGCCAUCUCCCCCUCGAUGUCCGCCCUCCCCAAACCUUGCCUCCUGCUCUCUUUAUCCAUGGUGCAUUUUGGUGUUUCUCUUGGAUGCAUUGGCAUUCUGCAGCUCUUUCACAGCCUCCCCACUAUCAUUCUCCUGGUCCCUCAGGGGGUCUUUGUGUGCUUAACACUUUUUCUCUCAAGCUCCUAUGCCAUCUUUUACUGUCUGAUACACGUGGACACCAAACACAUUUACCGGCUGGAUGACAAUGGGGAGUGCGGAGGAUCUCCUGAGAUGAUGCAUCCCGCAAGUUGCCCUUUUGCAAAAGUGGAAGACUGGGGUCGGGCAGCAGGUGCCGGAGUCGGGGCUUCUUUGUGUUUGCUAGGAUGCGGUGGCCUGCAACUCUAUGGAAUCUUACACGCUCUUGGUUUAGGCGGAGUUGAAAGUUACGGCUUCCUGCCCUGGCCUUGGUGGGGAUAUCAGAUUGGAUGCCGGCUGUGUGAAACCGGAGUUUGCCUUGGUUUGUCUCUCAUUGGCACGCAUCCUCUGUUCUGUCACAAGUCUUUCAAUGCUCAUCCCAGGCCAGGGUCUUGGUCUCGACUGUCCUGCAGCUCACCCACACGUGGGAUCACCCUACCCGCUCUGGGCCAUGCAAAUACACACGUAAUUUCCUGGUUGCAAGAGAAACCCCAAAAGAUGGUAGAGUGCGGUGUCACGACAAAGGGACCGUCGGAGGUUCUUCCUCUUGGCUUGAUGUUGGAUACCCCUGCAAAUGGUCUUGCCUGUACCUCUUUGCCAAACCAAGCUCAGACUGCUUUACUACCAACGCCCGCAAGCCCAGCGCACAAGCCUAAACAUGAAGACUUCCAGCUCUCCUCCCUGAGUUUACGGGCCGACUCCACUGUUGACCUACACCCACCAUCUCCAAUAGACUUGUCCCGCAGCAUCGACCAGGCUCUCUUUAGUGAUUCCCUAUUCACUCACAGCAUAUUUGGCGUGCCGAGACUUUUCCCUUGUUCCUCCAGCCAUUCCCUGGGCUCUCCCAAACAAGGCACAUCAAAACAAGGGCCUGCCUCUGUGGAAAGUUCUCUUUAUCGAACCUCUUCCUGUGGAGACCUGGAUCAAGAGAACAAUUCCAAACGUUCCCAGCCUCACGGCAUACUGAAAUCCCACAACAAAGCACCCGUGUCAUCUGAGCAGUAUGAUUGGAAAGGAAGCAUGUCUGGUUCAACUCUGGGCCUGUGUAGCAAAGCCAAGGAGACAAGAAAGCUCCGCUCCAAUUCCUGGGCAAACAGAGGGCAAAUCAAGGCACAAAACAGCCUGCCACGUCCCAUUCCGCACUUGUCAUACUACAGACGUUACCGAAGCUUGAGCGUCGCUUCCAAGGAUGGCCAAGUAUCUGGACAACUGAUGGGAAGUCAACACUUAAGCGAGAGCAAGCAGCUGGAAUGGGAUCUGGCCGUGCAAGCGGAGUUCGUCAACGUAUGCAAACAAAUUGACGCUAUGAGCAUUUGCAGUGAUACCAUCGAACUGUAGACAGUUAGUAAAGUAUGUGAUUUGAAUCACAUGUAAUGUGUUGAAAUUAUAUAGAUAAAUGUAAAAAAAA